AUGGAUAGAUAGAUGAGCAGGUCUUGAAAUACUGAGAGUGAAGUGACCUUAUUGCUGAGCAGGAUCCAGCUGCCUCCCGGCUGGAUCAGAGCUGUAGAGGGCUGUUCCCUCACAUCCAGCUCAGUCCGAGCAGAGCGGCGGCAGGGAUGAGCGCCGGGGACUAGGCGGCCACGCAACGACGCAUUUCACAGCCUCCUGCACGCACUGCCUGAUAACCUUGCACGAAUGUGCAGCCAGCAGCUAUCCUGCUGUCAGUUUGCAAAAACAGUGAUGGCCUCAGCUGCGCAGCUGUGCCGGUGAUCCUGCCGCUGCACGUAGGGAAGAAGCAGAGACGCCUUGACAACCGACCUACCUUCCCCCCCUUCAAAAAAAAAAAACAGCAGAGAGAGAAAAAAGAAAACACACCAGCAUAAACAAAUGCGACCAUGUACAGCGUGGAGGACCUCCUCAUCUCUCAUGGAUAUAAGCUGCCCAAGCACACCACCUCCUCCACUCCAACGCCAGCCCCUGCAUCCUCGUCCCGCCAGCCUCCCUCAUCCUCACCGCCAUCCUACAGCAAACACCAUGAAAUACUGGAGAACAGGCCCGGCCCCAGGACAGUGAAUGGCUAUGAAAGAGGCCCUGUGGUGCCCUUUGGGAACGGUGGCGGAACUAGGCAGCCCCAGGUGUAUGGUGGCAGCUGUCCCAACAACAACAACGAACCCAGGGACCGGAGCCAGCCAAGACGGGAGGGGGAGAUCCGGAGCCAAACAGACACCCACUCCUUGGGAGAGUCUCUGACCUCAGACAGUGGGUUUUGCGAUGGCACCAGAGGUCCUCAGUCACAGUCCAAGGAUGUGUCCUACUGGAGAAGGAGAGGCCAGGACUUCACAGUGUUGCUGGACUAUGCUGACUUCAGAGACCCCCAUGGAGGGGGACAGGGGGGUUACAGUAGACCAGAAGGGCCUCAACAAGCAAGAGGCCAAGAGCUGUCUGCAGAGGAGCGUCAGAGGGCUGCUCAAGAGAGGCAGCGAUGGGCAGCCCAAGCCCAGGCACAGGCGCAGGCUCAGGCCCAGGUCCAGGUCCAAGCCCAGGCACAGGCCCGCUCCAGAGAGAGGGAAGCCGCUCUCCAUCAGUGGAGGAUGGCAACUGAGAGGAAGUGUCAGAGUCUGGGGACAGAUGAGUGGCGUCCAGCUGUCAGCUUUGCCCGCCAGCUGUCACAGAGUGAGGGUGAGCGUUGGGCACAGGAGCAGCAGAGGCUCCAUGCCAGGACACCAGAAGGCAUGGUAGUCCACCCCAGGACCAAAGCCAAAUCCCAGUCCCUACCCAGGAUGCUGCAGCCCGAGAGCCUGCAAUUUGUGGACAUAGCUUCGUCCGGUCAGGAACUGUACAGGCGGGUCAAUGGCCACCCACUGUCACACCACGACCUUUACAGGGCACCCCGCUGGCCAGAGAACGGCAGGCCGGCUAGCGCUAACCAACUCUCAAUGACACCAAAGCCCCGCUUCACCCGACCCCCCAGACCUCCCUCUUAUGAGAUGCACCAGCAGAUCAGGGGAAGCUGUGAGGUGCUGUCUGGCAGAGACUCAGCCAUUUCCCAGGCCAGAGACAGAACACCACUUCCCAUAUCAAGAGCAGGUGACCCCCAACUGGACUACUUAUCGCAGGACUCUGGACCUCCAGGAUACAUCCCUCCCCCAUCAUAUAAAAGAGCUCCUAUAAUGGGAGGCGGGCGACGUGGAUAUGGUGAAAUUGCUGUCGACUACAGGUACAGAGGGGAUCUGUACCAGCAGAUACAAGUGGCUCCAGAUGGAUCUCACUGGUUCACCAGACACCCAGUGGGUUCCUGGCCUGAUCCCCAGCGAGAGAGGAGCAUGUCCAGUCAGAAGCAGCUUUACCCUGUGUACACUACCCAGGAGCACCCUGGUGGAGGGAUCCAGUAUAUUCCUUUUGAUGAUCCCCGUAUCCGCCAUAUUUCCUCAGCUCUGGGUGGCAACUCUCUGACAGACGCUGACAAGAUCCGCCACAUCCGUAAUGAGCUUCCCAGCGUCACCGUGUCGGAGCCUGCACCCGACGACAGUGCCUUUUUGCCCCCGCCAUUGGGGCCUUUCAUCGCUGCCAAACUGGCCGAUGAUGCUAACCCGACGUCUUCUAGCGACUUCGACAAUGACAAUAAUAGGUGGCACAGUGAUUUGCACAAAGAGACUGUCGACAACUUCCCAGCACCUGACCAAAACUGCAACAUCAGAUAUCCCAAAAACCAACGUCCCCCUCCGUCACCCUCUUCAGCCUUCCAGGUCCCAUUAUCAAGAUCUUCUUCUCGCCAGGGGUCCAGCGCAGACCAGGUCUUUGGUGAAACCAUUACCCAAGUAAAGAAAAUUGCUCCUGAGUCAGGAGCAGAGAACAACAGGAACACCAAGAGAAGAGUGAGCGAGACCAUCUUCUGCCUUGUGUCUGUCCCUGUUCACACACCGUCCAACAUCAACAAAGACUUAGCAGCUGAUCAGAACAACAAUGAGACAAUACCAAGCCUGACUGUCACCACCACUGACACUUUUGCUGUAGGCCUCAAAGAGAGUCCAAACAUUCGGAGCAAGUCUGUGAAUGAGAUGCCUAUCAGAUCUCACUACUCUCACUUUCACACCAGCAGUACAUCAUCAAUGAGGAAUUACAAGAGGGCUCCAUUAAGAAAGGAGAUAAUAGAUGCCUGGGCACUCCAAGCCAGUGAAGACAAAGAGUUGUGCUACGCUGGGUCCUGGCCUGGAAACCAGUACCGUAAUCAGGAAACUCAGACUGGCUCACCUUUGACAGUGGUAAAAAGUCCAGAACCCCAGAGCCCUCCUGGGGUCCAGGAGCCCAUUCAGUCUGUCUCUGAUACAACAACAGAUAGUGGUGUGGGGACAGACAGUAACUCUUCUUAUGGCUACCCCAUGGCAGGCCAGAAAAACCUUCAUCCCUCCAGUAACAGCGCCUUCUCCCGUCUCAGCGUCAGCCCAACCCAACCAUCAUCACUGCAGCCGGCACAACAAGACCCAUCCUCUCCAUCCAAGGGGCACGAUCAGGGAGGCCAGCAGCCAUCCUCUCCGAGGAAGAACAACUGCAGUCCUCCAGAGAGUGCAGAGCAAGUAGUCUUUGGUCAGUUUCUCUUGAAGCCAGUAAACCGACGACCCUGUGAUGCCAUAGGUGAACUGGAGAGUAUUAAUAAGGAGAUGGAAGACACAAUCAGCAAGAGACCCAAUGUGGCUCAGUGUACUGAUGAUCUUGAUGGAGGGAAUAAGAGACUAGCUUGGUUUAAAUCAGGAGCACAUUUCACUGCUGGUCCAGAACCAGGCAGGGAAGCAAUCAGUCUUCCACCGCUGCACAUAGAAAAGCCCAACAAUAUAAAAGUGAGAUCAAAGUCCUUGGCAUCAACUGCUGAACUAGAUUCCAUGGACGUUAGGAGUGCUUUCUCCAGGCCACAGGCCAACAAUGUACCACCAACAAAUGAGCUUUCCAUACACUCCCACCCAGGCCCCAGAGACAAUUGUCUUCUGUCCUCAGUACCGCCACACAGUGAGUCAAAUCGACUCUAUAGACAGGACAUCCCAGUCCCUCAAGAGUCCUUACUGAAGGAUGUGGGGCUAACUGUCUACACAGAAACUCCUGGAGGUCCUGGAGAGCCAAUGCAACGCUCACUCUCAGUCCCAUCUCCACUCGAUCAUAAGGAUCUUAGUCACUCAGUGCAGCUCUCCUGGGAGGACAGAACAGUCCUUGUUAAAAACAGUGAUAGCCCAGAGCACAAUUCAAACAAAGAGCUUGAAGCUGAAGUGACCAUGGAGAGAAAGGCUAAAUCAGACAGUGUUCCACCAUUCAGGGGUGAGGUGAAUUUAAGUAUCUGUAGGACCAGGAGUGAAAGCAGCAGAUCACCUCAGAGAGAUAGUUCGCCACGUAUCACAAGGUUGUCCAGAGAGGUUUCCUUUGUGUUUGAGGAUGAUAAUGGUGAUGAAAGAUACGCCAUCUCUGAACCUCUGACCUAUAAGAAUGAGUCAACAAUAGCAGACAAGCACCUAGAAAACUUACUGAUUCAGGAGAAAGCCAACGCUUUACCGACAGAAGACCUCAGCAACCUGUAUGAAGUCAAAUGCGCGAAAGGAAUUCCUGAAAACGAGUCCAUUGAGCAGCGGGCAGCACGGAUCCUGGGUAUAGCUGUUCCAGUGGAGGCCUUGGGUGUGGCUGACAAACAGUGCGAUGACAACCAGGAUGAUGCAGACGCCACCAUCAGUGAGGAACGACAAAGUCCAAACGAAGAGAUGCAGCAGGUGAUAGGAGAGUGUGAGAAUGUCAAAGAGGAGUCCCUGGAUGUCCAGGGAGCAGAUGUAGAGGAUGUCGAGGAGACAGGAUUAUGUGUGGACCAAGAAGAACAAGACAAACAUGACAAACAAAAGCACAGCGACGACCACAGUGAUGGCGAAGACAACCUGGGUCCAGAGACUCAGACAAUACUAGACCUGCCCGAGUUCCCACCAAGUAAACUUCCCUUGUCUCUGCCUUUCACCGCAGAUGAGAAGCUAGCACUGAGCAUCUGCAGCGGCGAGAAGAAGGGGCGAGGCGGAGCAUGCAAACUAAUUGAAUCCCUGCAAGAUAAGCUAAACUCUUCUGCAGCUUCAUCAGCUUCUUCUCUGGGUAGGUCCACCACAGACAGAAUGGCCCGCCUGAAAGAACUGGACUCUGUGUCUCGAAUAAGACGCCUCAGCCUCAAAGGUCCUGAAUCUGAAGAAGAAGCUGAUUCUAAAGAGAGAGAUGAGGACACAGAGGAAUCUGAAAAUCAGGAAGAAACAAAGGAGGAAGUUGUUGAGCAACAAACAGAGACAGAGGAGAAGGAGGUGGAGGAAGGAGGAAGUGCAGAAGAACAAAACCCAAAUGAAGGUGAAAAUGCACAUGAAACACACGACAAGUUAGGAGAUUCUGAAGACUGUAAACCAAAAGAAGAGAAUGCAGAGGUAUGUGAGGCAGAGCAAAGAGAGAAUGUGGAGGUAGAAGAGAUGAAUGUUGAGAUUGCACUAAAAGCAGACAAUGAAGGGAGUAAAGAAGCAGAUGCUGAAUUAAAAAUGGAAGAGCCAGAAGAAGAGGUGGAGUUGAAAAUUGUGGAGGAUGACAAAGACAAGCCUGUGGAGACGGUGAAAGAUGAUAAACACACGGCAGAGGUUAGUAGAGCUGAGAAGCGGCAAGAUGCUGGGAGAGGAAAGAUACCCAAACCAAGGCAGCGCACCAAGCUCCAGAAGCCUCCUCUGCUUCCUAAACCUCGCAGUGUUCCCAAGAGAGAAAUAACGCUGCCACUCAGCUUCAGUACUGGGACCUGUGGCCCCGCAAACAUGGAGGAUGAAGAAAUGCCCUCUGUCUCAGACUCCUACGACCCCAGUCGAGUGGAGAGGGUGUAACCCCUGACCACUGCCUUCACCACUGUGGAAAUCUGUCUUUCUCAAGUUAACAGCUUUUUCCAACAACAAAGGCUUUCAUUUCAACUCAUGGCUCAGUCAGCUGUGACCCCUCCAGUAUUGUUACACAUGACUUCUCACAGAACUGACUGUCGUGGUGCUGCGAGAGCAUUUUUACAGCCAAAUAAAGGCGCCACUGGGUGCCGGUUCUCCAGGCCUUUUCAACCUCGUCAUCCUCGUCCUUCCAUUCUCUCCGCCUCUCAACAAGUUUAUUUGCUCAAGCAAGCAGACUUCCUUCUUUUGAAGUUGUCUUAUUUUGCUUUUGGAAAAAUGCAUGUCAUUAUUCCCGUCUGCACUCGGGCUCCUUGGUGAGCUUCAGUGUCGAAAUAUGAAUGUAAAAGUGCUUCUGCUCAACAAACAAAAGAAAUGUAACAGAAAAAAAAACACAAGAUGGCAACAGUAUUGCAUUACAAUCAGUAUUAAUCUACACCAAAUGUAAAUAAGAAAGAGUUAUAAGAUUUUAUUAAGAAUAUAAAAAAUCAAUUUAAGGCAGUUAAUUGCUGAAGAAAUGUAUAUUUUCUUAUGUGUGUUAAGAAGAGACUAGAUUUUUGGAAGUGUAGUGUUUGGGUGUAUUACUAAUAAUAAAACCCCUACUCUUUAUUCUUAUACUUGUGUUAUAGAGAAUGUACUCAGAGAGCCUGGAUUGCAAAGAGAAACACUGUGGUCCUUGAACAGUUUCACUCAAGAGCAAUAUAGUUGUCAUACACAGCGCGUUUGUGACAUGAUUUCAGUAGUAUGUCUCUAUUUCAAGGAGCUGAUCUCAUUUGCUUUAAAGCUCUACCUUUUGGUACAAGUGUUAGAUUUGCACUUCUGAGAUUAUUGGCUUUAUGUUACCAGCGAGCACCUGAUAAUCUCUUCAAAUACUCAGAGAUUACAUUUGGAGGGAUUCACAUUUCACACCCUCCCUGCUCAGACUCAGCAUCAGCAGUCACAGUGUGUACCCGAAAUGUCUUUUGUUAAUCCUCAUACUGUUCAAAAGAAAAUUGACUUAUAUUUUGUGGCAUUAACAGAAGUCUGUAUUUAACUGUGAGUUGUUUUUUUUUUGUUCAUAUCGUAGUUUAUGUGUGAUUUCAGAAGUGCUUUUUGCAGGAAACAAUUGAUGUAGCUAUACUGAUCGCAGUGUGCCUUGUACACACUGUUUCAGUGGAGAACUUCAUCUCUGUGUAACACAUCCAGUGUUGUCAGUUUACGAAUCCUAAUUUAAACUGGACAUCAACAAAUCCAUUUCACUUUAAUGAAAAGAGAAAUAUAUAUGAAGUUGUUUUGGCAAUAAUAAUAACAUUAAGCUGAAAAUGCUUGAUAAUGAUGCUGUAUAGAACAUUGCUGUUGGAAUACUUUUCACAGUAUCUGAACAUGUUCAAUAAUUUAAUGCUGACAUAUCAGUGCUUUAUAAGUUGUGGGCAUAACUGGCAAUUGGUUUACACUCACGUCACUUAUGGGGUAGCAAUACAAGAAAUUUAAAUCAUACCAAACUAAACUUUAUGCUAUGCAUUGGACAUCAACAUUCACUGGGUUUUAAUGGCCGAAUUCAAAGCUAAAACUGCAACUUCUGGUUUGCUUGUUUGACCCUGUCGCUCUCUGAUCCAGCUGUAUCUGGUGUUAAACCUGUUGGAUCUGGUUGUAGACUUGCAUGGAAGUGGCUCUGACAUGAGUUCAUCAGUGGAACCUCAACACAAGGUUUUGUCUUUGUCCUGUUACCAACCCAGUACCCAUACCUCUGUGCUCCAGGUAAUGUGCUAUCUGGUCAUUCUCAUAGGUCUUUUUGUACUGCAAGUUCUUUGUAACAUAAUCUAGACUAUUGAUGCACAUCUUGCUUUGAUAUUUUCUAUUUUCAUACAGAGGUAUGUACAGCUUCUUUUGUAUGCGCUGCAUCUUUUUUUUCUCCCUCUUUUUUUUUUGUGCAUGUAAUGCGUAAGACGUCACAGAGAAGGUGUAUUUGCAUAUAAUUGCAUUUGGUACAAUAUAGUCUAUCCAAUAAACAACUGUUAUAUUUCAUAUAAUGUAUAUUUUAUUUUCAAAAGUUAAGCUACAUAUUUAAAACAGAACAAGGUAUUUUUAGAUUAUUGUGAAAAGGGAACUGUUUUUGAAGGCACAGUAUUUGUCUAUAUUUGCUAUGAUCAUUAAGAAUGGUCAGAAAUAGAGACAAGUGUGUGCUAUUGUACAGUACUGCAGACUAUUCAUAAAUAAAAGUCUUUGCAUGAAA